GUAAGCUCUCUCAACUUGCAAACAAAUACAAACUCAAUUGUGCUACACUAAUACACAAAUGGUAAGCUCUCUGCAACUUGCAAAUAAAAGUACAGGCCGGCAGGCUAUCACAAAGCCAAUUUCUUCUUGAUGCCGAUCCACCUUGAGAAGAUAAUGGCCUGAUGAUGAUGGUGUAUGCUGGACGAAGGGUUGCAUCGUCUUGUAUCUCAUUCCCACUCUCAAAGAAGCUCCUCAUGGACUGUCACUCAUCAUCUGCUUCCAAGAACUGCUCCCGGUCUGGACUUAUGGCCUUGGCUAAGCAGCUACGCCUGUAUAAGGCUCCACCAAGCUAUGUGGAUGAAAGGUCAGAGGUGGUUUCUACGGUGGGUUUUCAAGAAUCAAUGACCUCAGUUGUUGGGGGGUUUCAAGAAUCUACAACCAAGAGGGCGGCUGUCUUGAUCUGCCUCUUUGAAGGUGCUGCUGGAGAGUUUCGUGUUAUUCUCACUAAGAGGUCUUCAAAUCUCUCUUCCCACUCUGGUGAAGUUGCAUUGCCAGGCGGAAAGGCGGAAGAAGGUGAUGCAAGUGAUGCUGAAACCGCUACAAGGGAAGCAGAAGAAGAAAUCGGACUGAAUCCCUCACUUGUUAAUGUCCUCACAUGCCUUGAGCCAUUCUUGUCUAAGCACCUGUUUAGAGUAAUUCCUGUUAUUGGAAUUCUCACUGAUAAGAAUGCAUUCAAUCCCACACCUAAUGUCGCUGAAGUAGAGGCUGUUUUUGAUGUGCCGUUAGAAAUGUUUCUCAAGGAUGAACACAGAAGAUCAGAAGAAAGAGAAUGGAUGGGGCGCAACUAUUUAAUCCACUACUUUGAUUAUGAGGUGGGGGAAAACAACAAGUAUCUGAUUUGGGGAUUAACAGCUGGUAUCUUGAUCAGGGCUGCUUCCAUUGUGUAUCAAAGGCCACCUGAUUUUCUGGAGCAACUUCCUAAUUUAAAGGGUCCAAGCAGCAACAGCAGCAGCAGCAACCUUGACUUGAAUCUAAAAAAUGCUAUGUAAAACUUGUUAAGCAGAUGGAGAAAGAGUACUUCGGAAUCACAAUGGAGGAAACAAGUGCUAUGUGCAGAGAAUAUACCAAGUGUUGAAGAUGAUGCAGAACUGAUAGAAGAAGACACAGAUAAAACCAUUUAAAUGUAAUCCUAGUUCUAAGAUUUGGAAAGUUGUGUCAUCUUUAAAUUAAUGUUGUUUUCCUACUUUGUUUUAACCUAGUAGUUUUGUUUGAUUUGAUGAUGAUCUAUUUUGAACAGCUAUACUCAAAAACUUCUUAAUGAAGUCGCAUGCACAGAGUUUACGUUCACUUC